UCGGCAGGGCUCCGCUGCGCGGAGGAAGGCUGAGCUCGGGCGCCGGGGCCCUGCAGCUAGCCGGGUCGGCCCUGCGCCCCGCUCCGCCCACCCCUCCCGGCGGAGGGCGCGCCCAGGCCAGGCGGGACCCGGAGGAAAAGGCGCCACUGGAGCGCGGAGUCCGCUGUCAUCGCCGGAGGGAGACGCAGAGCCCCCUGAGUCCUGGUCUACUGGUGCCCAGGCGCCCCCUUCCCGAGGCCACCUAGCGCCCGCCCCCUGCCGAGAGCCAAGGCCAGCGCCCCGCCCGGAGAUGGGCAGACGUGUAGAUGGCGCGGCUCCCGGCGCCGCCAGAUCGCAGGAGCCCGGCGCCGGGGCGCUGCGCUGAGGCUCCCGCUCGGCGCGGCCCCAGAAGCCUGCAGGUGUCCUUGGCCUCUCGGCCGCCGCCGGGGAGACUCCUUCGCCAGCACCUAGAGCCCCGCUACCCGGAGCGGCCCCGCCCCCCAGGCUUGGCGCCGCGCAGGACGCCCCGUCUGAGGCCCCCCCGCCGCGGCGCGGCCCCCGCAGCGCGGCGCCCAGCCCAGCGCGGCUCCCAGCCGUGGAUGCAGGACCCGAGGCUCGCUCCUGCGGGCGCUCUUGUUUUCUUACAGUCGCCUCUCCCUGCGCAGCCCCCACCCGCUGGUCCGCUCCGCUGCGCUCAGCCCCUCCCGCCAUCCUUGCCCAGCGCUGGAUUUAUGAAUGGGGGGAAGAGGCCACAUGCCGCCGCCGCCGCCUCGUGUUGACCUCGCGCAGCCCGGGCCCGCCGAGCUCCGGCUGCCCUGAAAUCGUCGGCCCGGCCCCGGCAGCCGCUCGGAGGACUUGUUGCUGCUGCGCUGCCGCCGCGGAGAAACCGGCCGCUCCCGGGCUCCGCGCGGUCUGGGAGCCGGAGGGUGGCUCUUGUGAGUGUGAGCGCGCGCGUGCCCCGGACCCUCGCAGUGUGCCGGGACUGAGCACUUCUUGGUCUUUUGUCGGGUGAGGGGGGGCGUGUCCCUGGCCCGGAGCGGGAGUCUGUGUGUCCCGUCCUAGCCUGCUUGCCGCUACCUCCCCGGGCCCCUUGCUGAGUCCUCUCUGCACCUCCUGCCUCCCGCCCCAGCGUUGCCUACCCAAACCCCAACCACCUGUGCGCCCGAGAAACCCAACUCCUCCCGCUACGCGCCCCGGGGGGAAGACAGGGGCAGGGCCAAGCCGCAGAGGGGGCCGCCGCCGCCUCCUGCCUCCUCCUCGUCUCCUCCCCCUCCCCCGUCUGACGCUGCCUCCUCUGGAAGGGUGUUUGGAGGGCAGCGGCCGCCCCAAGCCGGAGCCCCGCAGCGCUUCUUAUGAUCAGCUCGGUGUGUGUCUCCUCCUACCGCGGGCGCAAGUCGGGGAACAAGCCUCCGUCCAAAACAUGUCUGAAGGAGGAGAUGGCCAAGGGCGAGGCGUCGGAGAAGAUCAUCAUCAACGUGGGCGGCACGCGACAUGAGACCUACCGCAGCACCCUGCGCACUCUGCCGGGCACCCGCCUCGCCUGGCUGGCUGAUCCCGACGGCGGGGGCCGGCCGGAGUCCGAUGGCGGCGGUGCGGGCAGCAGCGGCAGCAGCGGCGGCGGAGGAUGUGAAUUCUUCUUCGAUCGGCACCCGGGCGUUUUCGCCUACGUGCUCAACUACUACCGCACUGGCAAGCUGCACUGCCCCGCCGACGUGUGCGGGCCGCUCUUUGAGGAGGAGCUCACCUUUUGGGGCAUCGACGAGACCGACGUGGAGCCCUGCUGCUGGAUGACCUACCGCCAGCAUCGCGACGCUGAGGAGGCGCUCGACAUCUUCGAAAGCCCAGACGGGGGUGGCGGUGGAGCGGGGCCCAGCGACGAGGUCGGCGAUGAUGAGCGGGAGCUAGCCCUGCAGCGCCUGGGGCCGCACGAGGGAGGCGCAGGCCCUGGCGCCGGUUCCGGGGGCUGCCGCGGCUGGCAACCACGCAUGUGGGCACUCUUUGAGGAUCCCUACUCCUCCCGGGCGGCCAGGGUGGUAGCAUUCGCCUCCCUCUUCUUCAUCCUGGUGUCCAUCACCACCUUCUGCCUGGAGACUCACGAGGCCUUCAACAUCGACCGCAACGUGACGGAGAUCCACCGGGUGGGGAAUAUCACCAGUGUGCGCUUCCGGCGGGAGGUGGAGACGGAGCCCAUCCUCACCUACAUCGAGGGCGUGUGCGUCCUGUGGUUCACACUGGAGUUCCUGGUGCGCAUCGUGUGCUGCCCCGACACGCUGGACUUUGUCAAGAACCUGCUCAACAUCAUUGACUUUGUGGCCAUCCUGCCCUUCUACCUGGAGGUGGGACUGAGCGGUCUGUCGUCCAAGGCAGCCCGCGAUGUGUUGGGUUUCCUGCGCGUUGUGCGCUUCGUGCGCAUCCUGCGGAUCUUCAAGCUCACGCGUCAUUUUGUGGGGCUGCGCGUGCUGGGCCACACGCUCCGCGCCAGCACCAACGAGUUCUUGCUGCUCAUCAUCUUCCUGGCCCUGGGCGUGCUCAUCUUUGCCACCAUGAUCUACUACGCCGAGCGCAUCGGUGCCAGGCCCUCUGACCCACGGGGCAAUGACCACACCGACUUCAAGAAUAUCCCCAUCGGCUUCUGGUGGGCCGUGGUCACCAUGACAACACUGGGCUACGGGGACAUGUACCCCAAGACGUGGUCGGGCAUGCUGGUGGGGGCGCUGUGUGCACUGGCCGGAGUGCUCACCAUCGCCAUGCCUGUGCCGGUCAUCGUCAACAACUUCGGCAUGUACUACUCCCUGGCUAUGGCCAAGCAGAAGCUGCCCAAGAAACGGAAGAAGCAUGUGCCACGGCCACCCCAGCUUGAGUCACCCAUUUACUGCAAGUCCGAGGAGACCUCGCCCCGGGACAGCACCUACAGCGAUACCAGCCCCCCUGCCCGGGAAGAGGGUGUGGUGGAGAGGAAACGGGCAGACUCUAAGCAGAAUGGUGAUGCCAAUGCAGUGCUGUCGGACGAGGAGGGAGCUGGCCUCACCCAGCCCCUGGCCUCCGCCCCUACCCCCGAGGAGCGCCGGGCCCUGCGUCGCUCUGGCACACGGGACAGAAACAAGAAGGCAGCUGCCUGCUUCCUGCUCAGUGCUGGGGACUAUGCCUGUGCCGAUGGCAGUGUCCGGAAAGGCUGCGAAAAGUCCCGGAGUCUAAACAACAUAGCCGGAGCGGCUGGAACCAGUCUGGGGCUGUCUCCACUGGCGUCGCGGUACAGCUCGCCCUACCCUCCGAGAAAGCUCCUGCUCUCCCACCCCUUUCACCCCCUCACCAGCCCCCCACCUGGCCACUCGGCCCCUUAGCUACACCCUUGACCUUCUUUGCUUUGGGCAGGGGAACACAUACCCGAGCAGGCACACUCGUGAUCCCGUUCCUCCUGGGGCCUUAGGGAGCAAUGGGAGGGAACCGCCAUCAGGAUGGAGAUUUCAGGUCCCUGAGUGUCCCUGCAUAGCACUCAGCUCCCCAAAACGUUCAGCUCUGGAGCCUGACAGCAGGGGGAUGGUUAUUCCCAGAGCUCCUACCCUACGCCCCCCCCCCCAGUAUGGUCUCCUCUGAGCCAUUGAAGUGGCAUAUACAGGACCUGCGUCUCUGGGCCUUGCCUCUGUCUCAGCGUCCCAUGGUUCAGAAGGUGGUGCACCGUGCACCUGCGACUAGCCAGCCUUGCCAGAGAGCCAUGCCUACCUUAAUAUUUUUAAUCACCACAAAUGCAUUUCCCAUUUCUCGUGGCCUUUAACCAGUAACCAAGCAGCCUGUCUUGUCUGUCUGCCUGUCUAUCUCACACCAAGACCAGCAAGGAGCCAGGCUGUCAUGUGGGGCAUCUCUGCUGCCCUCAAGGGGGGUCUGACUCCUUGGAAGAGCAGUGCCUACAGGCAGUGCUGCCCUGGGAGAAGAGACCUAGCGUUUCCCCUGUGGCCUGGGAUGCAAGUAGGGGUUCCUAGAAUCAAAGCCCCAAACUUGGCACGAGCCAUGGGCCGGGUGCCUAGGUGCAGGGAGGCCUGUGCCCCGAUUCAGUGGGUGACACCCAGCGGCAGCACCCGGCAUCCCAUCUGCAUCCCGUACUGCAGCCUCUCUCUCCACACUGCUUCCUCUGCUUCCGAGACAGUUUUUCCUCCCUCUCCUGCUCUCUCAGAUUCCCAGCCCUGCCUGUGAGUCACCUGCCGCUCCCACCCAGCCUCUGUGCUCUGUAUUCCUGCCAGAACCAGAGACUCAUCUAAUUUCUAUAAUUAAGUGUGUUCAUUUACCUAACGAGCCUGGGAGCACAACAGGUUUGUGAGUCAUUGGGUGAGCAGGGGCACACCUUGCGCAGGGACAGCUGAGGGGAAGCAAGGAGACAGAAGCCAUCCCACCCGCACCUGCUCGUGCCACUCCCAGGGAGGCCCACACCUGCCAACCCAGCCCUCCUCAGCCCAGGACCCAGGAACAAAGGCCUUGGCCCAGACAUUUCCUGUUUCACCUGAUGGGAAUUAGACCUGACAGCAGAACCGUGUGCCUGGCAAUUUUUAGAGUCAGAUUAUGCAACUUUGUGGAAGGAGUGACUAAGGAAGGUCCAUAUCUGUUCCCCCAGGGUGGCAAAGAUAGGCUUGGCAAGACAGUUUUUGGGGACCUGGCAGGAGGCUGGGAAAUCUGGGGCCACCCCAAAAAAAGGUGGCCUGGACAGGAAGAUCUGAUUAUUUCCUGGGGUUCAGGGUACAGUCAAAACCUGUGCCAGGAGCAUCCCCUUCUAAGUGCUUCCAUCACCCCUGAGCAGAUGUGGGAUGUUCCUUUCAUAAAGGUCCAUUCAAGAUAGAGUGGGACACUCUACCUUGGCUAUGAUCUGUGGGGCCUGCCUGCCAUUUGCUGUCAAAAUAAAGUGACCCAAACGAUUUGAAAAGAGAUCCUAUAGGGGCAUCAUAUAUGUGACCACUCUUCAGAAGGGAACAGGCCCCUAUAAGUGAUGUAGACUUUAAGUGAUGGGAAGCCUGUGGAGCAGGAUGGAGAUGCUGGCACCUUUCCCCAUCACAGCCAAGUGUCAAAGUUCAGCUUCCUCAUGACAGGUCCCACCCUGCCCCGCAGAGCUCCUGGCAGAGGGCUCUGGGGUGUGGCCUGACAGGGCAUGAUGAGCAAGGUGUCCAGUUUAGCAUGGGCACCACAGCUAUUUUCUCCUCUGAUUUGCCGUUCUGGUUCAGGGAACUGAGGCGGCUAUUUCUGUGGCAGCCCUCAAGUUGUCAGGAGCCCAAGUUUCCACGGCACCCACCGCCUCCUCCCCUCUUUCCUCCUACGGGGAUGGGUAUGCUCACGGCACCCCUGUGGGGGGCACAGAUGUCCCUGGGCAACAUGAUGCAGCAGUGCCAGGCUGGAGCCCCUAGUAUCUUGGGGGAUGGGCUCCCACACUUCCCGCCUGGCUCUCUGGCUCGUUAGGGUAGAGACAGGACCCAGCUGGCGGGAGAGCUGUGUAGGUGUCUGCCCCCAGCUACCUCUCUCGACCUCUGGGCCUUCCUGGGUCCCUGGGAAAUCGAGAAGAGCAGUGUUUAUAGAGCUCCCAAGUACGCUGGGCUUUCUCCCAGGAGGCUGCCACCUGCACUGGCCUCAGGCCCUCCCAAGGCCUUGGGCUUUGCUCCUCAGGAGAAGGCCUUCUCUCACCCAGAACCUGAUGGUGUAGUUUGAUUUUCCUUGGACUUGCACCCAUUUCUUUGACUUCUAGAAACCUUUCCCCACAGUUGGGACUUGGCCCUUUCUAUAAGGCAGGGAGCAGCCCAGGCAGGAGCUUUUAGCCUCACCUUCCAGGCAGUAGCAGGAUUACCGAGAACCCUAGAGGCAGCUUCUCAGCUCCAGGCUUCCGAGAGGAGUGGCUGUGAGGAGCUACCAAUGGGCAAGUGACGGUUCAGCCUAAGACCAGGAUUGACAGAGGCUGGAGGGGAGGAGGAAGGCCUGGGCUCCAGGGUGCGCCCCUUAGCCAGGGCUGUCCUUCACAGAGCAUCUGAGAGAGAAGGGCCUCCUCUGCCCUGGCCUGAGUGUAUGUCAUCCUCUGAAACCCCUGACCCACCCUUGGUGGCUUAUGCAGAUAGAUUUCACAAAAAGAUUCCCGGGAAGAGGCCCUUGAUGAUGGAGAGCCCAUGGAAGUCACUGAAAAUGCCACCUAAGGCCAUUCUUUCUCCAGAGCACCCAGGGACACUUCACAGCCUUGCCAGGACUCCCACCACGCCCAUCCUAGACCUCAUGGUUUACUAGGUAUUCCCACCAGUGCAUCUUAGGAUCUAGAAGUCUGUGGAAUCCAGAGACACUCCCCUUCCCUUAGUGAGCAGGGACCCGUGACUGGGUUUUGUGACAUGCACAGAUUUGUGUUAGAAAUACAAGGGAAGACCACAGCCCUCUCCUUGUCCUCAGAAAUGGGGCUCUGAAGGGCCUUAUGUUCUCUGAUUUCUUCAAGAAUUAUAUUCAGUGGCCCGGAAACUAGUGGGCCAACAGGCUGUGUUUAAGGAGGUGGUUGAGGCCCAUAAUCUUAACGAGUUGGAAAUGGUGUUGCUCCAAGAUGAGAACACACUUUCCCCAUAAAAGUAAUGGCUCUCCAGUGUGGCAUGGCAGCCCCCCAGGGUAGAAGCUUGUGAGGUCUGGAUGCCAACUCUGAUGCCUGCCCUGGACCACAGACCUAAUAGUUUCAGGAAUUGUCCCAGCACCAAUCUGGAGGGGCUGAAACUCCCACCACACUGUUGGGCCAACCCCCCUAGCAGCUCUGCCGGUGCCAUCACUAGGAGGUAGGGGAAGAGAAGGCCCAGGCCUCAGAAAUCCCAGGUUGAGGGUGGGAUGCCCUUAAGGGUUCUCAGAGGGGUGGGCUCUCAGAUGCCACGUACUGGUCUUCCCUCUUGAGACAGGCAUAUGCAUCCUCCCUGACCACCAACUGAGGCUGCAAGCCCUCCUUCUGCAGAGACUUGUCCUCCCAUGUUGAGGACAGGAGCUGGGCAUGAUGUGGCUCCAUAUUCUAGUGCCUUACCAGCUCCUUAGGACAGUGGAAUAGUCCAGGGUGGUGAGGGCAGUGCAGCUAUUUGGGGGAAAGCUUAAGGGCUGGCAGUAAUUGGGUCCCAUGAGCCACAGGCUACAUUAAGAAGCUUCGCCACUGCCUCCCUGCUAGGGUGUAGAGUUAUGGUCCUUAUACCGCAUUGCAGCUCUGAAGACCUGAGAGCUAGUAGUUUCUGGAGCUUGGUUACCGGAGCAGAUGUGGAUAUGCACUGCAACCCCUGG